AGCAUUUGGCUCCAGACCACAGGAAAAUCGGCUGAGCCUGGCAAGCUUUCACAUGACGCUGGAUGCGCAGAGGUUCAAGGAUCACUGCCUCAUCAUUGUUGGACCAGGUGGAGACGAUGCCGACCCUGCGCCAACUCACCUUGGAGUACGUCCCAAACGUCCCUGCCGACCCAUGGAAAAUGGCAGAGCUUGACCCAACCGGUCGAAGAUCAAGGAACUCUUCUCUGUCAAGGACUUCCAUUUCCGUUGAGCACAAAAAGAUGCAGAAAACCGUCUCCUUGGGCAUCUCAGAAAGCUAUGCUUCGGCUCGGCUCCGGCAGUGGUUUGGCCAGCCACGAAGCCUGAACUCUUCCCCCGCCUUGCAUGGGCUUCGUGAGAUACCCUUCAUGAUUCAUUUGAGCUUCAUCAACGUGGUGGCGUGCAUGACGAUGUCCCUCGUUGGCAUGCUGCUCGAAGAGGCCACGUGCAGCUGUGAAUCACAUGUCACAUGUGAGCAAUUGUGAUGAAGACAGAUGCUCUUAGCUUUUUCAUGCUGUCGUAAGCAGACAGUAGCUAUUAGCCAUAUGCGCAGUUUUAUCGCCGGCAAAGUGUGCAAAGCAUACUUUUCCUGCCCAACCGCCGCCGCGCCUGUGCCGCUGCGCGUUCAUAUUUUGCGAUGUGUUUUUUGCGUGCUACUUACUUUUUCUUCCUUGUAGGAGGCACAAUUAGGCCUCACUCGUUGGCUAAACAA